GCGUGUCUUCGCGCGAAGACUUACAGCGCCAUAAGACAAGACAUGUAAAUAUAUUUCUACAAGAAAUAUAAAAACGAUAUUUCGCACACCCUUCUUCCCUCUCUCGGGUUAUUCGAAAAAAUAUGAAAUCAACACGUGACACGUACUUAAUGUAUGCGUGCCGAUACGUACGCAUGGAUUAGGACCAAGAGUAAAGUUCAUAUUUUCCAACAUAAAUUAUUACAAAUGGAUCUCUUAGCUAUCAUCGGUUUAAUCGUAGUCAUCUAUUACCUCGUUUACACGAUUUGGCCCUGGUUCUUAGACUGCGAUUUAAAUCUCGCGUUCCACGAGAAAUUUGGGAAACCCAUCGGUUCUUUGAAAGACAAAGUGGUAUGGAUAACAGGGGCGUCCAGCGGUAUCGGAGAACACCUUGCCUACGCCCUAGCCGGUGCUGGCUGCAAAUUAAUUUUGUCCGCACGAAGAGGGCAACUGUUGGAACGAGUCAAAGCUGAAUGCUUGCAAAAAAACGCGAGUUUAAAGAGUUCAGACAUUGAAGUUCUGGUUCUGGAUGUUUGCGACACGGACAGUCACGAGCCGGCGUUUAGAAGUAUAAUUUCCAAAUUCGGCAAGUUAGACAUACUGGUAAAUAACGCGGGCCGCUCUCAACGAGCGAGGUGGGAAGACAUAGAGCUGUCCGUGGACAAGGAAAUGUUCCACUUGAACGUAUUUUCUCAAGUAGCUUUGAGCAGACUGGUAGCGAAAUAUUUUCUCCAAAUGGGAGCCGGACACUUUGUGAUCACAUCGAGUUUGGCUGGUAUCGCACCGGUUCCAUUUUCAGGCACAUACUCUGGAUCCAAAUUCGCGUUGAACGGUUACUUCUACAGUUUCGCUGCCGAGAAAAUAGAUAAUCGUAUACCUGUUACGAUCGUGUGCCCGGGAUCGAUACAGACGGAUUUCCUCGCAGAGGCAUACACAAAUAAAUCGGGCGAAAAAUAUGGGGAACACACGAAUGAAAAUUCGAAGAACAAAGUCAGCGCCCAGCGUUGCGGUACACUGAUGGGAAUCGCGAUCGCGAACCAACUCUCCGAAGUGUGGAUUGCCAAACCAGUUGUGCUUCAGUUCGUGUACACAAGAAUUUAUUAUCCAAACAUUGGUAGCUGGCUUCUCCGGCGAGUGGGAUCAAGAUUUCUUCAACGUUUGCGAGACGAUAAAGAGACCCUCAAAGACGAGCGAUGAAUGCGUCGAGAUUCCCAUGAAACAGUUCGUGUCACGCCAUUCGUAAUAAGUUUCUAAUUUUAUCAUGCACGGUAUCCAAGUUAAUAAAAUGAAUGUUCUCUUGUUUCACUUGAUGAUACUCUACUACAAAUUG